CGGCGGGGGAGGUGGAGAGGCGAUCUGAUUGGCCGGCGGGGAGCGAGCGCGGGGGGCCGUGCGGCGUGGCGCGGCGCCUACUUCCGGUCGGCGGAGCGGCUGAGGAGAGCGGCUGGUGGCGGCGGUGACUCCCGGCGCGUCUGGCCCACCAUGACCGUCCCGCAGCUCCUCCUGUGCCUGUCUCUCUCCAUGCUCUGCAUCUCGAGCAAACCCACCGAGAAAAAGGACCGGGUUCACCACGACCCCCAGCUCAGCGACAAGGUCCACGAUGACGCGCAGAACUUCGAUUACGACCACGACGCUUUUCUCGGCGCGGAUGAGGCUAAAACCUUCGAUCAGUUGACGCCGGAGGAGAGCAAGGAGAGACUCGGAAUGAUUGUAGAUAAGAUAGACACGGAUAAGGAUGGGUUUGUGACGGAGGGGGAGCUGAAAGCCUGGAUUAAGAAGGCCCAGAAGAAAUACGUGUAUGACAGUGUCGAACGCCAGUGGCAGGAGUUUGACAUGAAUCAAGAUGGAUUUAUCUCCUGGGAUGAGUACAGAAACGUGACAUAUGGCACUUACCUCGAUGACCCAGACCCCGAUGAUGGAUUUAAUUAUAAACAAAUGAUGGUGCGAGAUGAACGACGCUUCAAGAUGGCUGACAAGGAUGGAGACUUGACGGCCACCAAGGAAGAGUUCACCGCCUUUCUGCACCCUGAAGAGUACGAUUACAUGAAGGACAUAGUCGUGCAGGAAACCAUGGAGGACAUCGACAAGAACGGGGACGGUUUCAUCGACCUGGAGGAGUACAUAGGUGACAUGUACAGCCGCGACGGCGAUGCCGACGAACCCGAGUGGGUGAAGACGGAGAGGGAACAGUUUGUGGAAUUCAGAGACAAAAACCGCGACGGCAAAAUGGACAAAGAAGAAACCAAAGAUUGGAUCCUCCCGUCGGAUUACGACCACGCCGAGGCGGAAGCGCGACACCUCGUCUACGAAUCCGACCAGAACAAGGACGGGAAGCUCACCAAGGAGGAGAUCGUGGAGAAGUACGACUUGUUCGUGGGGAGCCAGGCCACGGACUUCGGGGAGGCCUUGGUGCGACACGACGAAUUUUAAGAGCUGUACAAAGCCGUUUCUUAAAUAAUUUAUUUUUUACAGUUUUCUGGGAUUAUCGUAAGAAACGUUUUUCGCUACUGAGACUGUUAUUUCAGGCGAUGAGGUGAAAGAAAAAAACCACCAAACCCAAUCUCUUCCCGUCCUAUUUUUUUUUUUUUUCUCCUUCCCCAAGGGACGGGGACUCGCGGUUCCGGAAACCACCUCGCGUUACGACACUUUGGGGGGGUUUGUUGUCGUUGUUUUGGUUUUGGUUUUUUUUUUUUUUUUUUAAGUUUUACGCCUCGUUUUACCGUCUUAACGAAUUCUGUUUAUUUUUGUAUUCCUUUUGGUUCCACGUGAAGUGAAAACACGUAUCCCCGUGAGCCGAGGGCAGCGCGACGGUGACGGUUCCCCCCUCCCCCUGCCUCCCUCUCCUCCCCCCUUUGAUUAUUUUAUUUUUUUUUUUUUAAUCGGUAUGUACUCAGCUCCGCGCUUUUAGAAUCAAAUAAUCAAAAAAUCAAGAAAAAAGAAACAAAAACAAAAAAGAAAAACUAAGCCAGAGAACAAUAAGGCCGAAAGGAAGAAAUAAACCCAGAGGUGAGCCGGGCUUGGGUUAAGCCGGGCUUUGUAAAUCCUUUUCUUAGGAAAACGUUUUCCCGCCCCGGGCGUUGCUCAAAAGUGCCUUGAAUCCACCCAAAAACGCUGCCAAGGAGGAACGGCGGCACCGGCGCUCGGCCGGAGACGGAGCCGCUCGUCGCACCCGCAAUUUGCUCUUCCCGGAUAAUUAAUAUUCUCUGGUUUUUACGAUUUCUGUUUUAUUUUCUCAAGCGUGCGUUCCCCGCCUCGCCCAGGGACGUCUCGCUUCCCCCGACCCGCAGCGACGUGGAUUCUCCGGCGGCGUCACGCAGAGGUCGGUGCCGCCGUCCGCGUCGGUUUCAAAAAACCGAACCCCAAAACCCCCUUUUUUUCCCUCAGAAUCGCUCCCCGAGGGUGAGAAGCGCGGCCUGUAACGUAUAUAUAUACUCCUCGUAUUCCGUGUACCUCUCUUAACGUAACGCUUUGGGUGUAACUCGGCGGUGAAUCGGAGAAUCCCGCGCCAGAUCCGUACGGCAGACAGAACGCCGGCCAGGCGGCUCCUGGCCGGUAACGACUUCAGACACUAAUUGGAUUUCCCGGCCCCCCCCCCCCCCGUGCGUGUGUGUUCCCCCCCCCCCCCAAAUUUCUCCCUCCGUGAUUUCUCCUCGCGGGAUGAUUUAAUUUCUGUCUGGCUGGUGUAAACGGAGCUUCGCGGCCGUGCCGGAGGAUUUUGUGGUUCAAUAAAACCUGUUUACGUUCACCCCGGAA